AAGGAGGCAAUGCCCCACACCAAGGUCCUUCGUCUCAUCCUGCUGACACUGUCUGGAGUUCUGGUCCCUUUUGUGGAAACAGCAGAAUACCCCCAAGGACCUCUCCCAACGCUAUGGAAUGACCCACCAGAGCUGCCAUCAGGUGGAGGGCCCGCAGAAACCACCACCACAGCCCGCUUCUCCGACUCUGCAGGAUUCCCACCAUACACUUCUGAUUAUGAACCAGAGGACACAACCCAUCUGCACCAACUGGAUAAUGGGAACGGGUCUCUGGGUCCUGGAGCCAUUGGUGCCAUAGUGAUCGCUGCUCUGCUGGGCACAUCUGUGAUUGUGGCCCUGAUCGUCAUCACCCUGCGAAAGUUUUCUGCUUCCUGAAAUCAAUAAAAAAGGUCCUUUUUCCUAAUAUA